GCACUCCAAAGAUGGAGAGUGAAGCUCACGAGGAGCUGCGACAAAAGAUAGACCAGAAGGGCGGGAGUCCAUUGAAGUUGGAGAAUGGCGAGGAUUUCGAGAUCAAGCAGCACAGAGGCUGUACUGAUAUGUUGUGUUGCUUGAUCUUCAUCGUGUUUUGGAUCGGAAUGCUCAUCGUGGGGAUAUUUGCCUUUUCCAAUGGACAGCCACCCCGACUUCAUUAUGGCUAUGACUUCCUCGGGCAAACUUGUGGGACCGGAAUCAAUUCCAACAAGACUUUGCUAUAUUAUCCACGACCAUCGUCGAGCAAUCUGACAUGGUCGGUCUGCGUUGACGUAUGUCCACCGUCUUCAUUGCAGAUCAGGUGUAUCUUGCCGUUCAAAACAUCGCAAAACACCGAAUGCCCAGAAUCUGGAACAGCAACAGGGUACUACUCUUGUCUGAGCCAAAACCCGCUUUGCGAUUGUGGAAGUGGCAAUCAACCUUCCGAUUCUUGCUGCACAGGAGCACUUACAGGGCAGGGCAGUCAAGUCAUCAACAGCAACGUGCCUGCCACAAAGACCGUCAGUCAGAACCAGCCUUACGCUUUCUGCUUCCUGACUUACUCCUCCUCGCCCAUGUCGGGCUUCAAUCGUUGCGUGCCUUCGACGGGGUCAGGGUCGGUAUCCUCCACAUCCUCUUCCAACUUAACGGCGUCAUCGGAAAGUCCAAGCUACAUUGUUGCUGCGAUCAACACUCCAUCGCAGACUUUCGCCUACCUCUCAGAUCAAGUGCAAGAACAAAAGUGGAUCAUCGUAGCGGCAGGUGGUAUUGCCCUCGUCAUCGCCUUCGUCUACGCGUUCUUCCUCAAGAUUUUCGGAGCUCCCAUAUCCUACAUCAUCCUGCUUGCUACAUGGCUUCUGCUGGCAGCGGCUGUCUUGGUACUCGCUAUUAAGGCUCACUUCAUCAAUGCAAACACAAUCCCUGGGAGUGCAGCCUUGGCUUCCAGUGUUUCACUGGGUCCUGCGCAAGCGAAUCAAGGAAUGACGAUUGCUGCAGCCGCAGUGGCUGGAGUAGCCUUGGUUGCCUACACGCUCAUCCUCUUGGUGAUGCUGCCAAGGAUCAGCACUGCCAUCAAGGUGAUUGGAAUUGCGACUGAAUGUCUAGCGGAAGUUCCCAGUAUGCUUCUGCUGCCUGUUUUCCAAUGGGCAGCCACCGUUGCGUUGUUCGUGUGGUGGAUAUUUGUCUUCCUUUACCUAGCAUCAUCGGGAACAUGGGAGGCAAGUCAGCAUCAGUUUGUUUGGAACACUACGCUUCAGAGGAUGAUCAUUUAUCACUUCUUUGGUCUUCUCUGGGGCAGGACAUUUAUUCUUGCAUGCGGAAACCUCAUCAUUGCUGGAGCCACAGCCGAGUGGUUCUUGGCGUUUGACAAGAGAACCUUGGUCCUUCCCCUGUUAUCGUCAACUAAGCGAACUAUGAUAUAUCAUGGUGGUACCGCAGCAUUCGGCAGCUUGAUUAUUGCUAUCGUGCAAUUCAUUCGAUGGGUCUUCCGCUACUACGUGUACAAACUGAAGAAGAUGAACCCAAACAACCCGCUGGUCAAGAUAUUUGCAUGUUGUGGCGAAUGUUGCCUUUCAUGCUUGGAACGCUUUUUGAAUUUCCUCAACAAGAACGCUUACAUUCAAACAGCGAUACGAGGAACGAACUUUUUGGUAUCAGCAAAAGCAGCGUUUAUGCUGAUUUUGAGAAACUGCCUACGGAUUGGAACCUUGAAUGUGAUGACGACAAUUUUCAUCGCCAUAGGAAGGCUCUUUAUCGCAAUCGCUUCCACGUUUCUUUGCGCUCUGAUCAUGGUUGGAGGCAACUUCAACGAUGUGACGUCUGCGCCGGUCUUCCCCACAGCCAUCGUCGGGUUGAUCUCUUUCAGUGUUGCCUCCGCGUUUAUGGAUGUUUGGGACAUGUGCAUUGACACCAUCUUCCAAUGCUACUGUAUGGACAUCGAACUUGACACUGGAAAGACGCCAGGAAGUAUGAAGCAGGUCAUUGCCGAUCACCCUCCCUCCGAGGACGAUGUGAAGACUCUCUCGAACCAAAUCUGA